AUAGUGCAUUGCUUUGUAGCCGCAAAUGUACUUGAUCCAACAUGUCAGCCCCCGUUGGAACGAUGGUUGAAGACUCAAGCAGUGAGGAGGAAGAUCUGGAAAAGUUUAAGGAAGCAGCUUGGAGUUUUGGCACAUAUGGAAUUAAUGGUACACACAAUACCAACACGGCAGAUGGGGAAAGCAAUGGGAAGUUAUCCCGUCGUGUGGCUGUAUCUAAACAUGAACAUGAUGGGAAUGAGCUUCAGACGACUCCAGAGUUCCGUGCGCACGUUGCAAAGAAAUUAGGUGCUAUACUUGACAGUUGCAUUUCAGUGAUAUCUACAGAAACAUCAAAACCCUGCACACAGUCAACCAAAUGUGAAGAUGAAGGUUUCCGGCUGUUCACCACAUCUGUCCCAGGAGAGUUUACCAUUGAUCCCCCUCCUCCUCCUGUAAGGCGCCGGCCCGUCCCCAGCUCAAGUGACAGUGACAGUGAGCUGGAGAUGAGACUGAGAGAGGCGGCAGUGUCAGUUACAGACCUCCUAUCAUCUGCUCUCCCCAGCGCAGUUACACCUUCCCUGCCAGAGUCCCUCAGCUCAGAUAAAUUGAAGAAGAAGAAGAAGAAGAAAUACAAGGUUCAGGAAGGAGAGGACAGUAAUAACAGCCCUGUCCCAGAGAAAAAUAAGAAAAGGACAGCUCCCCGCGAGGUCGAGAACUGUGGAGAAGCCUCACCUUAUGCUAAAACGGAGGAGGACCAAAAGAGCCCCGAGGAGGAUAGUCUACCGCUGAAGGUCAAGAAGAAGAAAAAUAAACAAAAAGGCACAGAUGAAAGGGUGGAAGAGGAAGUAGAAAAGCACUGAGAGACUUCUGGACUCACUUGUUGUGAUUUGGGAUAUUGGCUGUUCCAUACUUGUAAGAACUGUUAACCUGUUGUAGCUUGGGGUUCUUAGCAUUCAUUAUAACAUGGUCAGGUCAUACACUGUUAUUUUCUUUAAAUAAUCACUGCAAUGUUGUACUACUUUGUAGUUUGUUCUUUUCUGGAAUGGAAUACGUUCUUUCAGAAAUGUGGAAUACUGUAAGUCUCACCAGAUAUUUGAUUACCUUUUUUCUCUGCCCAAAACACAAUCAGUGCUAUGCCUUGUUUUGUAAAGAAAGCAGUUUACACUGAUGUCAAUAAUUCUGAGAGCAUUUUUAUUAAAACACUUUCCUAUUGAUAAUA